AGUAUAAACAGCUCUGAACCAGAGUCCUCAGAAGGCUACGACAGAUUGUGUUGAGUCAUGUGAACAGCUGCGCUCUCCAUGGUCUCAUCACCUCCUUCCUAGCCCGCGUACUUCCAUCAUACAACAUCACAUCAUCCCCGCCAUGACUGACGGCAGAACGUCCAUGGAGCCUCUCAAGGCUGCCAUAGAUAGUUGCCCUAUCAUCGACAACCAUGCGCACAACCUGCUCUUACCCACUCACGUGGAAGCUCAUCCUUUCGAGGCCAUCACUUCGGAAGCGCAAGGACGGGCGCUACAAGACACAUUCAAGUCGCUGUCACAUCUUCGAGCCGAGAGGCAGCUGAGAGAACUGUAUGAGUGCCCGAAGGAUGCUAAUUGGGAAGAUAUCCUGAAGAAGCGGGCUGAAUGGCUCCACAACGACCAGGAGGCUCUCAUUCGAAAAUGCUUGCAUGGAAUCCACUGCAUUCUCAUGGAUGACGGAUUGGGCGGAGCUGAGAAAGUGCUUACCUAUGAUGAGCACGAUCAAUAUACUCCAGCUCCUACGAAACGAAUCGUGAGGAUCGAGACAGUUGCCGAGUAUCUCAUGGAGAACAUUCUGCGGAAGGCCUCGGAAGUGGAUUUGGAAGAAGAAAGAUAUCUCACCGACAUAUGGGUCCUUUUUACAGGAGAGUUUGAGCGGUCGAUCCUCGACGCAAUUAAAGAUCCUGACGUUGCUGGCUUCAAGACAGUCGUUUGUUACAGGAGCGGACUGGAUGUCGAACCCGACUACAAUGACAACCUGGAGCUUCAAGUCUCGAAACCUUUCGAGCACUAUGUUCAACGAGCCAUUAGAAAACGAAAGUUCAGGAUCGAAAGGAAGGCCUUGAAUGACUUUCUCGUGUUGAAGACUUUGGAAAUCCUAUCCGACAACACGUUUGGAACGGAUCUGUCCAAGCCCUUGCAAUUUCAUACUGGCCUUGGGGACAACGAUAUCAACCUCUUGCAGUCCAACCCCGCCUAUCUGCAGCCACUCAUCGAGAAUUAUCCAGCUGUGCCCUUCGUUCUUCUCCAUUCGUCGUAUCCAUACACUAGAGAAGCAGGUUAUCUCGCCACCGUCUUCAGCCAUGUUUUCCUUGAUGUUGGGGAGAUCUUCCCAAUGCUGAGCAGAGACGGCCAAAUAUCUGCAAUAAGGCAAUCUCUAGAGCUGGUGCCCGGGGGCAAGCUACUGUACUCAACCGACGGACACUGGUUUCCCGAGACGUAUUGGCUGGCAAAUAAGCAAUUUCGGGAAGCUCUAUACGAGGUAUUAUCAGAAUAUGUGAAGAAAGAUGACCUGACCAUCGCUCAAGCGAUCUCAAUGACCAAGGAUAUGCUUUACAACAACGCGAACGUCCUAUACGACCUGAAGGAACCUUCACCAGUCUUGAACUUGAAAGAAACGGGUGAGGCCAAUCAAAAAGCUAUUGCGUGGCAUCCCAAGCCACCUCCGCCGGCAAAAGUUUACGACAUCCAGGCUUUUGAAAACUUCAUGAAAGACAACUCGGCCAUACAAUUCGUAUACGUUCAAUGGCUCGACUACAUGGCCACGAUGCGAGUCCGAAUCGUGCCAAUUGCCGAAUUCGAACGUCUCAUCAAGACGGGCGGGCGCAUUGGUAUUUCGCGCGGCAACACCGGCACUCUUCAGAACGACGGAAUUACUCCUGCAGUCAACACGACCGGCCAGAUUUACAUCGAACCUGACUUGAAUACUCUACGACGAACCCACAAGAAAGACCCACUACCAUCCGCAACCGUGCUAUCCUUCUGGCGAGACGAAGACGGAAGCCCUAUCAAAGAAUGCCCCCGCGGCGGCCUCCAGAUCCUCCUCGAUGACCUCUCUUCAGCCCACUCCAUCACCAUUCUCGUCGGCUUCGAAAUCGAAGUCACGUUCCUCACCCGCCACCCCGAAAACAAAGACGAGUCUUACGCUCCUCUGACAACGGAACACGCGUGGGGUACCAUGACGCCCCAGCAGUGGCAGCAACUCCCCCUCCUUGCCGAAGUCGCCACCAGCCUCGCUGAAAUCGGCAUUCCCAUCCAACAAUUCCAUGCCGAGGCCGGCGCCGGACAAUACGAAUUUGUGCUUCCGCCUCUCCCAGCCCUCGCUGCCAUCGACACCCUAAUCCAAGCCCGCCAAGUCAUCUACCAAAUAGCAGCGACGCACGGCCUCCGCGCUACACUCCACCCGCAGCCCUACCCUGGCAUCGGCACUGCGGCUCACGCUCAUAUCUCCGUCAGCCCGCCGGAGAAGGAGCUCGCGUUCUUCGUCGGCGGCGUGCUCAAGCACCUCGAAGCCAUCUGCGCCUUCUCGAUGCCCGAGGCUGUGAGCUACGGCCGUGUGGUGGACGACCACUGGACGGGCGGGACGUGGGUGGCGUGGGGGACGCAGAACCGCGAGACGCCGCUGCGCAAGGUCAGCGAUGGGCGGUGGGAGGUGAGGUGUUUGGAUGGGAUGGCGAAUAUGUAUCUGGCUAUGGCGGCGAUUGUGGGUGCGGGAUUGCUGGGGUUGAAAGAAGGUGGGGCGGAGAUUUUCAUGGAGAAGGAUUGUCCGUAUAACCCGAGCCGCAUGUCGGCGGAGCAGCUGAAGACGGAUUACGGCAUCCACCGCCGUAUGCCUGCUACGAUUGAUGAAGCGCUAGAGGCACUAUACAAGGACUCUGACCUCAAGGAGGUCAUGGCGAAUGGCCUGGUAUGGGAUUUCAUGGCUAUGAAGAAAGUGGAGCAGAAGAUGCUGGCGGAUAUGCCGGAGAAGGAGAGGAGGGUGUGGCUUAUCGAGCGAUACUAGUGGGUAAAUGUUAUAGCAGAACAGGGGUAGCGACAGCCUGUAGAGGGCGUGAUUUGAACGGUCAUGGGUGCUUCCUGGCGCUUGGGCUUACAUGUGUACGUAAUUAUGUUGGUAUGCUGCUACGAUUAAUGGAACUGUGAG